AUUGCUCACUCUCCCAAUACCUUCCUCCUCUUCCUCUUCCUCUUCUUCUUCCUGCUUGCCUCCAUUGAUCGAAGAGUAGAGAGAGAGAGCAGGAGGAGGUGUGGUUGAUCUGGUGAUAAUGGAUAGGGAGUUGGUGAGGACGGUGAAGCUGGCGACCAAGAACCACGCCGGGGUGCUGUGCCGGCGCGCGGUGCGCCACCUGCCGCACAUCGCGGCGGUGACGGCGCUGGUGGUGGCGGCGCCGCGGCUGUCGACGCUGACGGCGGCGGGCGGCAGCUGGGUGCUCGUGCUGUGGGCGGAGCUGGGGGUGAGCGCGCCGGCCCUGGCCGUGGCGCUCUGGGCGGCGGCGCUGGCGGCGUACACGUACGCGGCGUCGCGGCCGCGGCCGGUGUACCUGGUGGACCUCGCCGGGUACAAGGCCCCCGCGGAGCACGAGGCGUCGCGCGCCAAGACGAUCGCCCACUUCGGGCGGUGCGGGCGGUUCAGCGCGGAGAGCAUGGCGUUCCAGAAGCGGAUGCUGGAGCGGUCGGGGCUCGGCGAGGCGACCCACUUCCCGACGUCGCUCAUCAGCCUCCCCGUCGACAUGUGCCUCCGCACGGCGAGGGAGGAGUCCCACGCCGUCAUCUUCGGCGUCGUCGACGAGGUGCUCCGCAAGGCCCGCGUCGCGGCGGCCGACGUCGGCGUGCUCAUCUUCAACUCCAGCCUCCUCAGCCCCACGCCGUCCUUCACCUCCCUCAUCGUCAGCCGCUACAAGAUGCGCCCCGACGUCGUCUCCCACAACCUCAGCGGCAUGGGCUGCAGCGCCGGCAUCAUCGCCAUCGACCUCGCCAAGCGUCUCCUCCAGGUGCACGAGAACACGUACGCGCUGGUGGUGAGCACGGAGAACAUCACCCUGAACGCGUACAUGGGCAACAACCGGCCGAUGCUGGUGACGAACACGCUGUUCCGCGUCGGCGGCGCGGCGAUCCUCCUCUCCAACCGCCGCGGCGACCGCCGGCGCGCCAAGUACCAGCUGAUCCACACGGUGCGCACCCACCGGGGCGCCCACGACCAAAGCUUCGGCUGCGUGACGCAGGAGGAGGACGAGGCCGGCGAGGUGGGCGUGUCCCUCUCCAAGGAGCUCAUGGUAGUCGCCGGCGAGGCGCUGAAGACGAACAUCACCACCCUGGGCCCGCUCGUCCUCCCCAUGUCGGAGCAGCUCCGCUUCCUCGCCACCGUCGUCCUCAAGAAGGUGUUCCGCGCCGACGUCAAGGCCUACCUCCCGGACUUCAAGCUCGCCCUCGACCACUUCUGCAUCCACGCCGGCGGCCGCGGCGUCCUCGACGAGCUCGAGAAGAGCCUCAAGCUCAGCCCCUGGCACAUGGAACCGUCGCGGAUGACGCUCUACCGCUUCGGCAACACCUCCAGCAGCUCGCUCUGGUACGAGCUCGCCUACUGCGAGGCCAAGGGCAGGAUCAAGCGCGGCGACCGCGUCUGGCAGAUCGCCUUCGGCUCCGGCUUCAAGUGCAACAGCGCCGUCUGGAGGGCGCUGCGCACCGUCGACGCCGCCGCCCUCGCCGCCGACGACAACCCCUGGAUGAAGGAGGUCGACAUGCUGCCCGUCGACGUGCCCAAGGUCGCGCCCAUUGACGAGAGCUCCUACCACAUCCCAAACUAGGCAAGCCAGGCACCACCCCCCCCCCCCCC